AUCCAGGAAGAGGAGCUCGAGGAAAGGUCACAAGUCAUCUGGCCUUUUGCUCAUCCUGAUAUACUAGCAUUGUGAAACACUCAAAGAUGUUUUUCAAACUCCCAAGACUGACUCCUGGAUACAUAAGGCUGCUCAAGACCCAGGCAUUCCACAAUGUAGCCACAACCCCCCCGGCAGAGAGGUCCGUGCCCGGCAUGGCCAUGCUGCUUGGGGCCCUGGGGAUCGGGAUGUGUGGCUACAGCUCUAGGCAGUUGGCCCUCCACCACCGUCCUUCUGCCCGUGUGCUGCAGUUGGUCGGCACACACACUGAUGCAAGCAUGCUGGGCACAGCCACCCACAGGAACCCCUUCCAGGAUGUCCCUCGUAGGGCUGGUGCCUACCAGGAGAUCCCGCCUCCCUCCUUCGUGGGGCAGAAGGUUGCAGUGAAAUAAACAGCGUUAGCAUGGAUGUCCAACAUCAGAGGUUGAGUUUGAGUAACUGCACUUGCACGGGUCCGAGAUUGUAGCUAUGCUGGCCCACCUCAUAAGUGUGGCCCAUGUGCUCUCUUGUGUAGUGCAAGUGUGGAUAUUUGAUCGUGAACCUUUGUGUUGGCUUCUCAUAGAAAUAAGCAGCUCUGUUAAUAUUCAAAGUAUGUCAAACCUGCGAGUUUAAAGAAAUAAGUUGAUGUCAACUAAGUUAUAUAAAUGACUGGAUGAGUACGUCAUAAUGCUGGAAUUUCCCAAAGAAUGAAGCAGAUGGAAUUAAGGAGCUAACAUGUUUCAUUGGAGAUGUUGUGUGUCUUUUUGAGACAUGGCUUUAAAAAGGAGUUGAUGCUUGGCAGUGCCCUUCUGUACACAGAUGGUUGGCAACUCUCUUUCUCUCUCUCUCUCUGUCUACCCCUUCUCUCCACUGCUCCCUUCCCAAGGCAGACAGCCACGUUUAAAAGCUUUGCCCAUGACUUCAAUCUAUUUCUCUCUGAGGAGAAACAGGUGUGAUUUAUCAACAAGCCAUGGCAUUUUCUGGCACGUUCUGCCACUGGCUGUCAGUCAUGUGUUUAGUUAGAUUGGAGGACACAGGUUGUGCUUGAGAAUGCCGCUCUGUUGUUCAGCAGAGCUGUAUUCUCUAAAGGUUUGGUCAAACGGUUGCCAUUCUUUUUACAGAGAAAGGCACUCGCUCUCGAGACCUGAGUCAUGUAAACACUUUUCACAUACUCCUCACCAGAUUACCAACCCAAAUUUACCCUACUGAGGCACAGCGGGAGUGGAGUCAGCAAAGGUAAAAAGUCAAUUCCUUGCGUUAAGCCUGUGUCCUCUGUGGAGAUUAAACCCAGGUGGGAAAUCACUCUUGGCAAACAGACUCAAACACUGUAAUCUGGUAUUAGAGACAACGACCUGGGAGUCGUACUCUGACUGUCUCUGUGCAUCUUAACUUUGCACCAUUCCCCCUGCGGUGUCCACCAUUCGUCCUAGAGUCAAUGCAUGGAUGUAAAGAUGAUGGGCUUGGUGUUUUCCAACACCAAAAUGUGCAGGGAUAAAAAGGGGGACUUGGGAUGUGGCGAGAUACUGAGUGUGGUUGAGAAUGCGUGCUGUGCCUUAAGGAUAGCACAACUCAUCUUUUUUCAAUUGGAGUACUUCAAUAUUCAUUCACACGAGUAAGAGCGAGUGUUAUCCCCAGACUGGGAUCUGAACAAGGAGGAAGCAGCCUGAAAAGUUGUGACAGAAAAGCAUGGUGAGAAAGUUGUUUCAUCACUUAGAGGUCAGCCAGACCUUGUAAUCCAUUUUUUUCAUUGCUGAAGAGCUGUCUCCAUCCGUCUGCCAAAUUGGCUCAACAGCUACUUGUAGUAGAGUUUUUAGAGCCCCUAAUAGUGGCUCUCCAGAAUGCCCCGACAGUAGGUCACCAACAAAAUGAUCGUAAUCCACUCAGCAGAGGCAGCUAAUGGCUGUGACUGGCAUGAGACGCACAACAAUUGGUCACCGUUCGCUGGACAGGCAGCCCAGCACCCAUAAAUAAUCUCAUGAUGGAGUUGUGAUGGGCUCAGAAACAAAGAGAUACUCUGAGUCAUGGGGAGGAAAAACAGGCUAAAUUUGAGGUUUGUUCUCGAUCAUAUCCAAAAUCCAAAUCUGAAAGUUUCCAUCAAACUGGCACAGUUCCAUGUCUUUUAAUCAAACUCAAGCACUGCAUCUCCAUGACUGUGAAAUCAGCGUGGGUGGGAGUGGGGGGAUUGUGUAGCACACCUGGUUGGCUCUGAUAGAUUCUCUCUCUACUGCAGUAGUGCACAGUGAGCACACAGCACUGUGAAAACAGAUUGAUCUCAAUCAGAGAGAGAAAGAGAGCUGGUCUCUUCACUGCAGCAAACUCCUCAUUUCAUUCAGGGAUGAGGGAGAACUUCAGGACAGCAUACUGAACGGAAAUAUCUGGAAACAUGUUAGCUGUUGCAACAGAAGACAAGGGGGGUGUUUGAAAGCUCAGUAUUCAUCUGUAAGUUUGUUGUGUCUGUCACAUGUUAGAUCUGUGUAAGUGUCUGGAGUUCAGCUUUGUCCAUUUAACAAGAAAUUUGUGUUGUUAGCUGUUUAAUUGAAAUUAAAUGAAUACAUGUUGGAAGAGAUUAAUCAAAUAAAAGCAU